CCCACUAGAGUGAGGUCCAAGUGCUGCCUUGGCUCAGGAUGGCCAGGGAAUCGCAGGAAAGCACGGCCUUGAAUGAUGAAUCUGCAGAGAACCGGAUCGGGCUCCUGGUCGUAAAGGUGGAAGAGGAAGAGGCCUCUGCCUUUGUGGAGGCAGCCAGCCCUGUUCAGGGUUCAGAAAAUUACCGCCGGCGCUUCCGGGGCUUCCGCUACCCCGAGGCCGAGGGGCCCCGGGAGGCGCUGAGCCGGCUCCGGGAGCUGUGCCGACGCUGGCUGCGGCCCGAGACCCACAGCAAGGAGCAGAUCGUGGAGCUGCUGGUGCUGGAGCAGUUCCUGACCAUCCUGCCGGGGGACCUGCAGGCCUGGGUGCGGGAGCAGCAGCCGGAGAGCGGGGACGAGGCGGUGGUGCUCUUGGAGUAUUUGCAGACGCAGCUGGAGGAGCCAGGGCCGCAGGGCCCAGGUGGUGACCAGAGGCAGCUACUCUGUUGCAAGAUGGCAGUGCUGACACCAGCUCAGAGGCCAUGGAGUUCCCAGUUCCAGCCAAUGAAGCCUCUGCUCAAGCAAGAAUCUCUGGGAUCCCAGGCCUCAGCAGACAGAGUUCUCCAGGUUCCUGGGCUUGGCCCGGGACGGCACUGCAGAGGAGACGCGGUGGUGGCUGCCAGGCUGCCCCCAGAGCCCCAGGGCUUGCUGAAGACGGAAGAUGUGGCCCUGGCUUUCUCCCCUGCAUGGACACAGCUGGAUUCACCUCAAGGGAGCUUCCACAGAGAUGAAAGGCAGGAGAACUGUGGCGGCCUGACCCCCCUGGGUGGUGACAUGCAGGCUGAGAUCACGGACCCGCCCCCAGAUGAAAAACAUCCAGGACAAGAGGCUGGGGAAAUACUGUGCCACCUGGGUGACGACGUUGCCCAGAUUCCUGCUUGUGCAGAAGCUGGUGAACAGGAGGACAGGUUACCAAGAAAGCAGAAAAAUGCCACAGGAAGUAGGCGGCACUAUUGUCAUGAAUGUGGAAAGAGUUUUGCUCAGAGUUCAGGCCUGACUAAACACAGGAGAAUCCACACUGGGGAGAAACCCUACGAAUGUGAGGAAUGCGGCAAGACCUUCAUCGGGAGCUCUGCCCUCGUCAUCCAUCAGAGAGUCCACACUGGUGAGAAACCAUAUGAGUGUGAAGAAUGUGGCAAGGCCUUCAGUCACAGCUCAGACCUUAUCAAACACCAGAGAACCCACACUGGGGAGAAGCCCUAUGAGUGCGAGGACUGUGGAAAGACCUUCAGCCAGAGCUGCAGCCUCCUGGAACAUCACAGAAUCCACACGGGGGAGAAGCCAUACCAGUGCAGCACGUGUGGCAAAGCUUUUCGGCGGAAUUCACACCUCCUGAGACACCAGAGGAUCCAUGGCGAUAAAAACGCGCAGGAUCCUGAACGUGGAGAGACCUGGGAGAGUCAGGGGAGGGUGGAAGGCCGGUGGGAACAUGUCGAGGCUCCUGUGUCUUAUAAAUGUAAUGAGUGUGAGAGAAGUUUCACUCGCAACAGAAGCCUUAUUGAACACCAAAAAAUCCACACUGGUGAGAAACCCUAUCAGUGUGACACCUGUGGAAAAGGCUUCACCCGGACCUCAUACCUUGUUCAACACCGGAGGAGCCACGUCGGAAAAAAAAUCCCAUCACAGUGACCCACGUCGUACGUGGCAGGGUUGGUGCU